AUGAGUAAUAGGGAUAGUAGCGAACAUGGUGAUUCUUCGAACAAAAUAGCUUCAAAUGAAUGUAACGAAGCUACCAAGUUGGGGUUUAAUUUCACCCAAUUAUGGCUGCAGAUAACAACAACCUAUUCUCUAAUUGACAGAAACGAUAGCAAUAUGUUUAAUAGAGACGAAAGAGUUGAGUCAGAGCAGGAGAAAAAAUCAGUAGUUAUAUUGGGCAAAAAGUAUGAUGAUAUAUCCGUGGAUGAUGGAGUUAUAGAACAAGAUAUAUAUUCUAAAAUUUGGUUAACGUACAGAACUGGAUUUGAGCCCAUCGCCAAGUGUUUAGAUGGACCCCAACCGUUGUCGUUUGUUCAGUCGAUGGUCUUCAAUCGGAACCCGAUUUCCAGCACAUUCAAUAAUUUUCACGGGCUUCUUGAUAAUGACAACUUCACUACGGAUGUUGGGUGGGGAUGCAUGAUAAGGACGUCCCAGGCAUUGCUAGCAAACACAUAUCAAUUGCUCUUUCUAGGCAGAGGGUUUAGCUAUGGUAGAGAUAGAAGUCCGAGGCACGACGAGAUUAUAGAUAUGUUUAUGGACGAACCCAGAGCGCCAUUUUCGUUGCAUAAUUUCAUCAAAGUGGCAUCAGAACUGCCAUUAAAAGUCAAACCAGGACAAUGGUUCGGGCCGAAUGCUGCUUCCUUAUCUAUAAAGAGGUUAUGCGAUAAUGUUUACGAGAGUAAUGGGACUGGGAGGGUGAAGGUCGUUAUCAGUGAGAGCAGCAACCUAUAUGACGAUAUUAUCACGCAAAUGUUCACAACAUUGAACCCUGUGCCAGAUGCAAUAUUGGUAUUGCUACCUGUGAGACUAGGUAUUGAUAAGGUAAACCCCUUGUACCAUGCAAGUGUAUUAGAAUUGUUGGCCUUGAGACAAUCGGUAGGAAUUGCUGGUGGUAAGCCUUCCUCGAGUUUUUACUUCUUUGGCUACAAAGGUAAUGACUUGUUGUACCUAGAUCCUCAUUAUCCUCAAUUUGUUAGAAACAAGACAUCCGUAUACGAUACAUAUCAUACCAAUCUGUACCAGAAACUUAGUGUUGAUGAUAUGGAUCCUUCGAUGAUGAUUGGAAUUUUAAUCAAAGACAUAAACGACUACGAAGAUUUUAAGAGCAGCUGUACGAAAUCAUCCAACAAAAUACUUCAUUUCCAUCCUACAUCAGAAAAGGCAGAUAGAAGAGGCUCUCUAAGUGAAUUUAAGAGAAAAAAUUCCGAAUUCGUCUGCAUCGAGUCUAAAGAUGUACAAAGACGUGAAGAUUUCAUCACGAUAGAUAACGUUUCUCGUGAUGAUUUGAAUAAUAUGGAAGGAUUUAUUGAUAUGGCUGACGAAUUUGACAGUGAAAUCGAUCAAAAUAACAAAGACGAUAACUUUGAUGAUGAUGAGCCAGUUAAUGUUUCACAGACAAGCAUAGGAGAAGAGUACACCUCAACCGCAGGCUCAAGGCCAUGA